AUGACUUCCUUGCUCACAUGGCUGUGGCUCGCCCUUCUCACCACACCAUGUCAGGGAGACUACAUCUCGAGGGACUACCGACUUUACAACAGCGGAAAACUGGGCAACCGCCCCAACCUCAAGUUCCUCUCGAGCGACGAAUUCUCACCUGUCCUGCAGGUAAACACGUGGAAUGAAAGCGCCGUCUCUGACAAGGGGUCCCACAUCUUCCUCCGACAUGACGGUGUGCCGGCGUCGCCCCUGUCGUCCCCCCUGAUCCUUGAUGCUAGGGACCUGACCACGGUGUUUGUGAGCCGUAACUACGACAAUGUCUUUGGCACCCGCAUCCAGGAGAAUCUUGGGAAGAGGUACCUGACUUUCUGGGCGGGCAAGAAGGGUUACGGCCGUGGGGAUGGCUUCGGUCUCGUCUUUGAUGACACCUAUCGCCUGGCGCACAACGUCUCUACUCGAGGCAUAGCUCUGCACAGCGACCUGCAUGAGUUCGUGUUGACGGGCCGCGGGACGGCUAUAGUCACCGGAGUCGACGACAUUCUCGUUGACACGUCGGGGUGGGAGGACUGGCGGGGACCCGCCGAGUUCCCCGUCCUCAACGCACUCUUCCAGGAGAUCGAUCUUGAGACGAACGAGGUGCUCUUCAGCUGGCGGGCCCUCGACCACAUCAGUCCCCUGGACUCUUUCGAGACCAUGGCGAAGGAUUGGGACGCCUUCCACCUGAACAGUGUCCAGAAGACCCGGGCAGGAAACUACCUGAUCUCUAUCCGCCACACAAGCUCGAUCAUGCUCAUCGACGGAGAGACGGGCGAUGUCAUCUGGACGCUCGGCGGCAAACGCAACGACUUCAUCGAACUCGAUCCGGCCGAGGGGCUUGAAUCUGCCAACCCCGUGCUCAGCAUGGGCUGGCAACACCACGCCCGGUUCGUCCCCAACACCAACGAGACCGAGAUGACCCUGUUCGACAACCACGUCAAGACCACCAGCCACGAGAGGUGCCGCUCCACCUGCUCGCGCGGCCUGCACAUCGCCAUCGACGACACCUCAUCGCCACCUACCGUGCAGCUGCUGCGCGAGUACCUCCACCCGUCGCGCCUGCAGGCCCAGAGCCAGGGGAGCGUCCAGCCCCUCCCUGCCGCGGGCGACAAGACUGAGAACGUCUUCAUAGGCUGGGGCCGCUGCCCAUCCUUCACAGAGCACGCCGCAUCCGGCGAGACAGUCAUGGACGUCCAGUUCUCCCCGUGGCACGGCGACGAGACCCCCAACGCCCUGGACAACUACCGGGCGUACAAGAUGGACUGGGUAGCCACCCCGUGGUGGGACCCGGCGCUCGCCGUGAGGGAGAGCCGUGAGGGCAAGCUCAGCGUCUACGUCAGCUGGAACGGGGCGACCGAGGUGCGUGGAUGGGUUGUGCGCGGGGGUACGGGCGGUGAGCUGGCGAGGUCGCCGCGGACGGGCUUCGAGACGAGGCUGACUGUGAACGCCACCGGUAUGCAACGCCUCUGGGCAGAUGCGCUGGACAAGCAAGGGGCUGUCAUCCGGUCGACGCAGGUUUUGGAUCUGGUCCACGGGAACGUGACCCUCCUUGCGGACAGCACAGAGCCUGAUUGGACAUUUACCGAGGCGCGCACGAGCGCCGGGAUCUCGGCGGGCACAUGGGCCUCGAUAGGCGGUGGCAUACUGGGGAUCGUGUUGUUGACGAUGGGGGGCAUGAUGAUCUGGCGGCGGCGGAGGGGCUAUGAUCGCUUGGGUGGUGAUGAUUCGGAUCUGGACUCGGAUACGGACGUGGACUCGGUCUUUGGGCUUGACCAUUUCAGCAAUGAGUUGCCCCCUGAACCCUGGCAGGAAUACUCCCCGAGGUUUGGUGAACCGAGUUGA